AUGGCGAAAAUCAGGGUGUCUUACGAGUACACAGAAGCCGAAGACAAAAGCAUCCGGCUCGGCUUGUUCCUGAUCGUCUCCGGCAUCGUGUCGCUCUUCAUCCUGGGUUUCUGCUGGCUCAACCCCGCUUUGCAAGAUUUGCAAGGCAAAGCUGCCAACUGCACGGUGCUCUCGGUGCAACAGAUCGGGGAGAUGUUUGAAUGCACGUUCACGUGUGGCACGGAUUGCAAGGGCACCUCGCUGUAUCCCUGCCUCCAGAUCUACGUCAACAACUCCGAGUCCAAUUCCAGGGCGCUGCUGCACCAGGACGAGCACCAACUCAUCACCAACCCUAAGUGUUCAUACAUCCCUCCCUGUGAAAGAGAAAAUCAGAAGAAUUCUGAAAUUGUCACUCACUGGCAGGAAUACUGGAAAGUGGAAGUGGGUUCACAGCCAUUUACGUGUUAUUUUAACGAGCAUCUAAGACCAGAUGAUGUGCUGCUUAGGCGUACCCACGAUGAGACGGUCCUCUUGCAUUGCUUUCUCUGGCCUCUGGUUACUUUCCUGGUAGGAGUCCUAAUUGUGGUCCUGACAAUCUGUGCAAAGAGCUUGGCCGUCAAAGCAGAGGCAAUAAAAAAGAGGAAACACUCAUAA